GAGUGAGGACAUGUCUGUGUCAGACGUGGUAAAGACACGAGGCAUCGAAUCACACACACAUUAAAAAUAGCAGCGUCUAAAUACAGACGAGCUGUAAACAAGCAGCUGAACCUGGAAAGAGCCGCCGAGGAGCUGCUAGCCGCCGCAGUGCACAAACUGAUAAAGCAGAGCAUCACUUCCCGUCAUGAAGGCAGAGCGGGUCGGUGUAGACAUUCCCGUCUAUGAUCUCUCUCUGAUCCGAGAUCUCUGGGAGGGACGUGUGAAGAAACACAAGCAGCGACAGAAGAAGGAGGAAGAGCGGAUCAGUAAAAGUGCUCUGGCCAAGGUGGAUCAGCAGUGGCAGUACCGCAUCGCCUGCAGGAAGAUGAAGAGCGCUGAAGUCACGGCCCUGCAGCGUUAUCUGGAGAGAUCGGCCCUCGGCCAAACACACGUCCUGUCCCACGAGAACGACGACAACGACACAGACGACAAGAAGUUCAUUUUUGAGCUGAACGGGAAAAAGUGGAUGAAACUACCUGAAGAUCUUCAGUAUAUGACCUACCUGAAGGAGUGGCACAUCCACGGGACCAGGAUUCCCGAGAUUCCCGCUUACAUCGAGAUGUUCGUGGAUCUGCGAGUGCUGGACGUUCCCAAAAACGGUCUGACGAAGCUUCCCGCUGAAAUAGGGAAGCUGGUGGGUCUGAGGGAGCUGAACGUGAACUAUAAUAAACUGUUGAGCAUUCCACCGGAACUCGGAGAAUGUGAGAAUCUGGAGCGGCUGGAGAUGACGGCGAACGGAAACCUGUCCGAGCUUCCCUUCGAGCUGAGCGCUCUCAAGAAACUCAGGCACCUGGACGUAGCAGAGAAUCAGUUCGCUAGUAUUCCUGUCUGCGUGCUCCGCAUGGAAAGCCUGAGGUGUCUGGACAUCAGCAACAACACACUCAAAGACCUGCCGGAAGACAUCGACAGGUGUGUUGCACUUCUGAAUGUGUCCUUCGUCAGGCUCGAGUCUCUAGAGAUGCUGUUCCUUCACAAAAACAAGGUACGCUACGUGCCGAUGACCAUGACCAACCUCGUCCACCUGAAGAUGCUGGUCAUCAGCGCAGACGAGCUCUACAGCAUCCCGUCCCAUUUAGUCGACAACCCUAACAUCAAAUUAAUCCGGUUAUACGACAACCCGAUUAACGCCGACGAUGAAGAGGAGGUGAAGAUGGACGCAGAGGCCCAGGACGAGCGCGACAAGGAGUUCAUGAAGACGUACAUCGAGACUCUUCGAGACAGAGACACUCAGCCGUCGUACACCACUAAAGUGUCCCUCAGCUGCCUGCUGUAGACGUCUUCCACACAUCGGUCUCAGAGUGUUUUAAACGAGUCUAUUCUUUAGUUUUCUCAUUCCGAGUUCAGUUCAAACCGAAAAGCAGGUUUACGCCGGAUGACAAGCUUAUUUGAGAAAGAGAGUUAGCGGGCGUCUUUAUCAUUCUUACUAGUUCGAGAUCUCCAUUUUGCUUUGGUUUUCUGUGAAGACUUCCACGGUUUAGUUUGUUUGAUGCGACCAAACGCAUGCCGAUGAAUACCGCCAGGGCGCUGUUUUAUAAGAGUGUUUAAUUUAUUCUAUUUAAAUAAAUCUAAAUUCCAAUUUCCUAUCUGGCCUUCAGCCGUGAAUAAGACACUUAUCCGAUCCAGGAAUAUGAAGUGGUUUAUUGAAACAACGAAUAGCGAACAAACGUCUCGGCAAACGAACGCUUAAUGUGCAUCGAUAAAAUCUCAUCGGAAGGCAUCUACGACCCAGUCUUCAAGGAAUGGCUGCAUAGACGUGAAGAAUGGCACCUAGAGCCGAAACAUCGUUAAAAAACAAAAAACAAAGUGCAGUUCAUUGGAAAACACCUCAAACGAUCCGCUCGGGUCGGAGCGCGUCCAUCCACGGCGCCGAUUGCAUAAAUAGAGUCGCAUCUACACUUCUGCUUUGACAUCGUUUUCAAGGACGCGUCGUGAUCAGGUGUCCGGGAUCGGCAAAUGAAAUGUCUCGUGAUGCUCAGACAAACUGCUGCUAACAGAGUCAUCGUCAGACCCAAGCCAGCCAGUUCUUCAAUUAAAUUAAAGAGUCUGCUCUGUCAGCAAGCGACGAUAAAUCCGCGAAGCUGCGUCAAAGCAAUAGCAUUAACAAGAAGAGAUUCGGUCCUCUGGAAAGUUACUGGAAAUGAUAUCAGGAUGAAACAUGAAAUGCCUUUCAGGAAUGAUUCAGUCCUCGGGUCGGUAGAAAUGGGCCUCUGGAGUGAAUGGGUGCCGUCGGAAUGAGAGUCUGAUUUAGAAACGCCAGAGCAAUCCACAGCUCCCCGGUCCAUAAAUUAACAUCUGGAGAAGAUAAAAGGCGAGUCUAAUCCAGCAUUAAGACGCUUUUAACCUAAACAUGAGCCUAUAAUCUAUAGUAACUGUGAUCUGGUGUGAAUCAGGAGAGACAUCCGCUCGGAUCUAAACACUGCGUCUGGACUCACGAUGCACUUUUUCACUGAAGAAAGCAAUAUUUUAGUUAAUUCUGGAUUAGCUUGAUCUUCCGUCUCCUCCGGGUGUUCACCGCCGACUCUCAUUCUGACGGCACCCAUUCACUUCCACUGCCGAGACGCUCCUCCUGAUCAGGGCCCGAGGUGAGGACUUAUUAAUCUGAACUAAACCGCUUCAAUCAAGUCUAAGAGUAAUGGUGAGGUAGCAGCUCUGUGUCGAGUAGCUGGUGCUCAUGUACACGAGUUACAGAUUAAAUACAUUUUCUUCAUAACGCUUCACCUAUCAAAGCUGCACCUGACCUAAAGACAACGAUUAUGUCUGUUUUGUGCCAUUUAUCAGUAAAAGACGGCGCGCUCUGGCCGUAUGUUGAAACGCUCUUAACUACGUUUGUCACGAGGACAUUAUUAUUAUUACUGCAGUCUGUACAGGUUUAGCGCAGAGGUUAAAGUUCGUCAGUAAUAUAAUAAAGGACUACAGUUUACAUUCAGAUACACGGCAGCACAUGAACUACACUGCAAGAACCACUUCUUCACUUAGUAGUUUUAUCCUUUUCAUCACCAGUGCAAAUGUCUAAAUAUUCUGAAAUAAAUUUACUUGAAGCAAAAUGAUUAAGUAUAUAUUCUUAUUU